AUGGUGGGAAUCUCCCGAUCUCCAAAACCCACCCACUGCUGCUUCCAGCGCUACCUCAAGCCCGGCGCCCUCGCCCGUCUCCGGGACUCCAAAAUCAGCGCCGCCAGAUCUCUCCGACCCAAGUCUCCUCCUCCUCCUCCUCCUCCGCGUCUUCCUGAAUCGGAGCACCACUCCCCUCCAUCGAUUCCUUCAUCCGACGGCGUCCCUUGCUUUUUCGGCAAGCUGUACGGCCCUCGAUCCCUCACGAGGAAGAAACUCGUCGCCGCUAGAUCUGUCUUGUUCGCCGCCGGUUUGGCUGCUUCCGAUCCGGUUUUGGAGCCGUCUGGUGGCGUCGCUGAUAGUAAUAGUAAUGGGUCUUUGAUUAGUGUGUAUAAUAGCGAUGUAGUUGUUGCUGCUCAUUGA